CCCUUUAUUUCUGUCAUUUUUCUAGGAGUGAGCCUUUGUUCUCACAAGAAAACCUGCAAGUGACGAAAUCGAAUCGAAGUCGAUCUCUGCAAAACCCUAAUUUCCCUUCGAUCUUCGUCGAGGAGGAGCAGAGGGCAGUGUUGGUGGCGGUGUUUGUUUGCCUCGGCCGUCGGUGUCUUAGUCCAAUUUUGUAUCACGAUGUCGUUGAGGCCGAACGCAAGGACUGAGGUCCGCAAGAACAGGUACAAGGUCGCCGUCGACGCGGAGGAAGGGCGGCGGAGGAGGGAGGAUAACAUGGUGGAGAUCCGGAAGAAUCGGAGAGAGGAGAGCCUCCAGAAGAAGAGACGCGAGGGACUGGCUGCUCAGCCCAUGCCUGCCUCGAUGCACUCUACUGCUGUCGAGAAGAAGUUGGAGCAUCUGCCUUCUAUGGUGUCUGGUGUUUGGUCUGAUGAUGGCAAUCUGCAGCUCGAGGCAACAACACAGUUCAGAAAGUUGCUCUCGAUUGAGCGGAGCCCUCCGAUUGAGGAAGUCAUACAAGCUGGAGUUGUUCCACGAUUCGUCGAGUUUCUAAUGAGAGAGGACUUUCCCCAGCUUCAGUUUGAAGCAGCUUGGGCGCUUACAAAUAUUGCUUCUGGAACAUCUGAUAAUACUAAAGUUGUGAUUGAUCAUGGUGCUGUGCCAAUAUUUGUAAAGCUUCUGGGUUCACCAAGUGACGAUGUCCGCGAGCAGGCUGUAUGGGCUCUAGGAAAUGUGGCUGGGGAUUCUCCAAGAUGCCGUGAUCUUGUGCUUGGCAAUGGAGCUUUGCUUCCACUGCUAGCUCAGCUUAAUGAGCAUGCAAAAUUAUCGAUGCUUAGAAAUGCUACAUGGACAUUGUCGAACUUCUGUCGUGGGAAGCCACAGCCUCCAUUCGACCAGGUUAAGCCUGCUCUUCCAGCCCUUGCACAGCUUAUUCAUUCUAAUGAUGAAGAGGUAUUGACUGAUGCGUGUUGGGCACUUUCAUAUCUAUCUGAUGGUACCAAUGACAAAAUUCAAGCUGUCAUUGAAGCUGGUGUUUGCCCUCGCCUGGUUGAACUCUUGUUGCACCCUUCUCCUUCUGUUCUCAUUCCCGCACUUCGGACUGUUGGAAAUAUUGUCACUGGUGAUGAUAUGCAAACUCAGUGUAUCAUCAAUCAUCAAGCACUUCCUUGUCUUCUCAACUUGCUGACCAACAACUAUAAGAAGAGCAUCAAGAAGGAAGCUUGCUGGACUAUCUCAAACAUAACUGCUGGUAACAAGGAGCAGAUUCAGUGUGUAAUUGAGGCUAAUGUCAUCGGCCCAUUAGUCCAUCUUUUGCAAAAUGCUGAAUUCGAUAUCAAGAAGGAAGCUGCUUGGGCAAUCUCUAAUGCGACCUCUGGUGGUACCCAUGACCAAAUCAAGUACCUUGUUAGCCAAGGCUGCAUCAAGCCAUUGUGCGACCUUCUCAUCUGCCCUGACCCCAGAAUUGUAACAGUAUGUCUUGAAGGCCUCGAGAACAUCUUGAAGGUUGGAGAGGCCGACAAGAAUCUUGGCAACACUGGUGGAGUAAAUCAGUAUGCCCAGUUGAUUGAUGAUUCUGAAGGUUUGGAGAAAAUUGAAAACUUGCAGUCUCAUGACAACACUGAGAUUUAUGAGAAGGCCGUCAGAAUUCUCGAGACUUAUUGGUUGGAGGAGGAAGAUGAGACAAUGCCACCUGGUGAUACUGCUGCUCAAUCUGGUUUCCAGUUCGGUGGCAGUGAUCCUGCAGUUCCUCCUGGUGGAUUCAACUUCAGCUAAAUAUUGGUCAGCUGUCUUCCAUCAGUCUCGGGGGUACUUGUCAAAGGUCAGGUCAUGUCUGGUCGGGUCGGGUCUUGAGUCGGGGUUUGGGUCGUCUUGGUCCAGUUGUCCAGUCCAGGGUGUCAAGUCUAAAGGGAGCUGGGUUUGGUUCGGGGUCUUGAGCACUUUGCUGCGUAGCAGUAAACGAACGACUUGAGGAACCCCGAUUCCAUAUUUCUUCUCAGUAAUGGGAAGUGAUUAGUCCACCGAGAUUUUAGCCCUCUUCGUAAGACAUUAUCAUGGUUGUCGAGUCAUCGAGUCUAUCUACGGAAUGUCUUAUUCGCUUUCCACAAUCAGUUUGGGUCUUAUUCAUCUCUUCCCCUCAUGAUUUUGGAACUCGCAGAAUCCUCCUCCUUAAGAUUGAGUCUUUUUGUAGUUAUGAUGGCAAAUACCCGAGGAUGAGUCUGUUUCCUUCUUUUUUUUGGUUUUCUUACCUUUUGAAUGGUAUAGCUUUUGUUUGCUGCGAGCGAGUUGAUGUUUUACUGUGAAGUCGAGAUGUAAUGAAAGUGUAAUGGAUUUUGGUUAUUGGAAAUGCAGAAAGGUCUUUGCAGUUUUAAGAGGGUACUGCUUGAUUUUGAUUUUGAUUUUGUUGAGCACUUGAAGCUCUUGUUUGGUACUCUCUUGAUUUCAAACAGGUUGUAAUGUGCAUGGAUUGAGGAGAAGUCGGUUUUAGCUGCUGUACAGUGACGGACACAGUUUCUUUCGGAAGUUAUUUUUUUACGGAAGUCACUUUGAUUCAUGGAGAUUUGAAGUACAGUUCAGUACUUAUACUAUUUUCUUUUUUAUAUCUAAAUUUUAAUUUUGUUUUAUGUAAAUUGCUAUUCGAAAAUUGUGUUUUGGUGGUAUUAAAAAAAUUUGGUAUGAU